UUGACAAGUCAAACAGCCAAACUGUGAUGAUUGUGGUCGGCAACAAUUUCGACAAGUAAUUCCGUUUUCUGUAUUUGUGUGGUCAAUUUAGAUUAGAUUUAGAGCAUACCAAAUCAUCUUAUAGUCAAGUAAUAACGUUAUAUGCCGACAGAUAAAAAUAAAAAAUUGCAAGACUUCCGUGCAUUUAUUCGUUGUUCUCAAGAAUUUAUCCUUCGCUAUAGUGUGACACACAAACACACACAUUGACAAGUACCUACGAAAUUUACGUGUUUACCCUGUGAAUAAUCUCAUUAUUUUUCGAUUGCCGCUACUGUUGUUUUGCACCCUUUCAUGCUACAUUUAGCGUUUAGUAUUUGCAUUUUGUACAGGUGUGUUCGUUUGUUGAAAUCGUCCUAACUAAAUAAGUAACAGCACGGACGAGUAAAACAGUAGUAAAAGCUAAUCAGUCGGCAUGGAUGAGUUAAUUGGACAUACAGCAGAGUCGAAGCGACAAGUUCCUCCAAUGUUAAAGAAAAUAUUGCAUGAAGAUGUACGGGUUACGAAGAAAGUUGUGGAACUCGGGACAAAAGUCACUUGGACAAGAUCUCUACGGAAUCAUUCUAAUCUACUAGAGGUGUCAUGCCAUGGUAUUGUCUGGCUGGCCGGCUGGCUCACAUUUAUCUGGCUGUUUAACAACAAGGACUUUUAUCAAAUUCAAGUGAACUUGCUCAUAGCUCUCAUCUUGGACAUCGUAGUUAUAGCAGUAAUCAAAGCUUUCGUACGUCGACGUCGGCCAGUGCCAAUGAACAAAUUGCUAGAAGUUGGCCCGGACAAGUUCUCCUUCCCCUCGGGGCACGCUAGUCGAGCCUGCUUGGUGACAACAUUACUUAUCCUCAACGACCUUCCUAUUUACUGUUACCCGCCAAUCUUAGCGUGGAUGAGCACUGUGUGCCUUACAAGGAUAUUAGCAGAAAGACAUUACAUCUUGGAUGUAUUAGCAGGAGUAGGUAUCGGUCUCCUUGAAGCAUUUCUAAUGUACCUAUUAUGGCUUUCUCAGGGCACAUGUGCUUCGAUCAUAGCAUCGUUAUCUGAUGAAAAAGUUGAUGGAGGAGAAUAUCAUGUUUAAUUGUCAUAUUUUUAUUACCUAACUAAUACAAUAAUUUCAAUAACCUUUGAACUAAAUACAUUAAAUAAUCUAUUUUUUACUUAACUGCCUCAAUCAUUAACUAUAAUUUUGUUAUUGAACAUUUUGCAAAUAAAAAUACUAGUAACUUAAAUGGAUUACAACCAUUGUUUUUAGUUCUUAACUUUCCUAAAAUAGUUAGGUGUUAUUGAAUCGAAAGUUAAGCAUUUAGGUAUGAUAAAGUUGUGAUAACCUAUAUAAUUUGAUUGUUUAUUAUGUAAAAAGAGGUUUAUAUCUAAUUGUUAUUUAAACCCAGUGAUGAAGUCAUUUAUUAAAGUAAGUAGUUUUCUAACAAAUUGAGAAAUCUGAUAAUUUUUGUGUGGCUAAGUGAAUAGCUUAUGAUGUAAUGUAAUCAUCAUAUUAAUAAAAUGUGUGUAAAUA